AUGGCUAGCCUCCGAAGGUUAAUCCCAUUGCUUGCUGCCUUUUGGGCCAUUGUGUCCAACUCCUCUGCUCUCUCAGAGUGCCAGCUAAAAGAAUCACCACAGCGGCGUCUUUUCCUAUUGAGUGACAUUGCAAAUGAGCCUGAUGAUGCACAGUCACUAGUUCGAUUACUUGUAUACGCGAAUGAGUUCCAAAUCGAUGGUCUGGUGGCCACUACAAGUUGGUGGCUCAAUGACUCAACUCGUCCAGAUCAAAUGCGCGAUAUCGUGGGCGGUUACGCCGAGUGUGUCGAGAAUCUCAGGAAGCAUGCGUCAGGUUGGCCAGAGCCUGAUUAUUUGCUCAACCUGGUCAAGUCAGGCUCAACGAAAUACGGGAUGAAUGGGGUGGGCGAGAACCAGAACAGCGAAGGGUCAGAUCUUCUCGUCACGGCGGUGGAUAGGUCAGAGGAACCAUUGUGGAUUCCCGUGUGGGGUGGUGCCAACACUCUCGCCCAGGCACUGUGGUAUGUCAAUGCGACACGAUCAGCUGAAGAAACGGAGAAAUUUGUCGCAAAAUUGCGUGUCUACUCGAUCUCCGAUCAGGAUAACAGUGGGCCUUGGAUUCGAAGAAACUGGCCCAAUCUGUUCUAUAUUGCGAGUGUGCAUGACUUCAACCGAUAUGCAAACGCUGCCUGGGGAGGAAUCUCAGGCGAUGAUUACUAUCACUUUCCCAGCGGUGGAAAUAAAGAAGUCAUUUCGAAAUCGUGGAUCAAAAACCAUAUCCAAUCUGUGGGUCCUUUGGGAGCACGAUAUCCCGACACGGAGUUUAUUAUCGAGGGUGACUCACCAUCCCUGCUCUACUUGAUCCCGAGAGGACUAUCGGAUCCUGAACACCCGGAAUGGGGCUCCUGGGGAGGUCGAUAUGGGCCAGUGGCGUGGGGUGAAGGGCAUUUUGCUGAUAGCAUCGAUACCAUUGUCAGUGAUUCAGGAAGCAUAAUGAUGGGUCCCCAUGUCACGAUUUGGAGAUGGCGCAAUGCAUUCCAGAAUGAUUUCAAGGCGAGAAUGCAGUGGACUAUCAAAUCCAAGUUUGAAGGAGCAAAUCAUUCCCCUAUUGCUGUCGUGAAUGGUAGCUCCAGCCGAGAUAUUUUGGAAUAUACAGUCAUGCCUGGUGAAAAGAUUAUCUUGGAUGCAACUGCUUCUUGUGACCAGGAUGGCGAUGACCUCUCCUUCAAGUGGUGGCAAUAUUUGGAGCCAAGCUCAAACCUCAACACCCCAAAGCGGGAUGUACUCGUUUUGAAGAUGGACGCAACUGAUACCUCUAGGCUUUCUGUCGAGAUCCCCAACGCCGAGGCUGUGCGACAGCCGGGAAGAGGAGUCCAUCCAUCCGACGACAAGCACUUGCACAUUAUUCUAGAGGUAUCAGAUGGAGAUAUUGUCGCUUAUAGGCGCAUAAUAUUAACCAUCAAAGGGAACAUUGCGCUGGAAAAAAGGGACUCUGGCCAUGACGAAUUGUGA